GGGGGCUAGUUCCUGUGUGACACGUGACUGCUGACAGUUCAGAGGUCAGUCUGCUGACAGUCCGGGGGCCGAGUACUCAGGUAGAAUGGGUCGCUUAGAUGGAAAAGUAAUUUUGCUGUCAGCAGCAGCCCAGGGAAUUGGACAGGCCGCUGCCAUUGCAUUUGCUAAUGAAGGAGCAAAGGUUAUUGCAACGGACAUCAAUGAAGAGAAGUUGAAAGCUCUAGAGUCGUACAAAGGUAUUCAGACAAGAGUAUUAGAUGUCACGAAGAAGGAGCAGAUUGAACAGCUAUGCCAGGAGCUCGAUAGAAUUGAUGUUCUCUUCAAUGUGGCUGGCUUUGUUCACCAUGGAAGUAUAUUAGAUUGUGAGGAGAAGGACUGGGAUUUCACUAUGAAUCUCAAUGUACGAAGCAUGUAUCUCAUGAUCAAAACAUUCCUGCCAAAAAUGCUUGCUCAAAAAUCCGGAAAUAUUAUCAACAUGUCUUCUGUAGCCUCCAGUAUUAAAGGAGUAGUAAACAGAUGUGUAUAUAGCACUUCAAAGGCCGCAGUCAUUGGUCUGACAAAAUCUGUUGCUGCAGAUUUCAUUGAGCAAGGGAUUCGGUGUAACUGCAUAUGUCCAGGAACCGUGGAUACACCUUCUUUGAGAGAGAGGAUCCAAGCCAGACCAAACCCUGAACAGGCUUUAAAGGAUUUUCUUGCGAGACAAAAGACUGGAAGAAUGGCCACAGCAGAAGAAGUUGCCCAUCUGUGCGUAUACCUCGCUUCUGAUGAAUCCGCUUACGUUACUGGUAAUGCGCACAUCAUUGAUGGCGGCUGGAGUAUGUAAAUCGUGUCACAUGAAUUUGGUAACGGAUGAACCUCUUCACCAGAAAUCAGCAGAAAUAGAACAUAGUUUAAAUCUAAUGUAAAUGCACACACAACAAUUAUUUUUUUUUACCUGAAAAUGCUUAAACUUUCCUCAUAUCUGUACACAGGCUUAUAAAUAAUAGAUCCUUGGCGCCUUAACCUAUGCCCCGAUCAUAAAAAAACAAAACUCUUGCAUGUCCACUACCCCGUUCCUGGCUGCUUCCAGCCCCCACAGGACAAGGAAGUGACUUGGUCUCGUGACCACUGCAGCCAGGCAUAGGCCUCUGUGGCUUAAAUGGUACAACGCUGCUGUGUCAAAGCGAUCAAGUCAGUGUGUCCACUGAGGCCUGUUACUGGCCUUAGCAGUUGUGGGACCAAGCAGUUUCCUGGUCCUUCGGGGACUGUAAGCAGCCAGUAAUGCAGCAAUGGUGACACUACUGGCAGGUGGGUGGGGAUUUUAUAUUUAAGGGCACAGGUUAGAACCCAGAGGUUGUCGGCUUCAAGGCUGGAAAUCCCUUUUAAAGAAAUACAUAUCGGAAAUAAAUUGCGAUUUUUAUUUUGUGUGUGUAUAAAAAGACCUAAAUCUUUGACUUUGUGCCUUUGUAAUUUACAGAAUGAUUACUUCUAAUAUCUCAUUUAUAGUACAAGUUCCUAUGGGUGAUUACAUUUCACUUUGGUUAAACAAAAGUAGACCAAUGACAAAGUCCUAUCAUUUUACACGACCAUGUCGUUUAGUUGGAAGAAUAAAAAUGAUGAUUUUCUUGUC